AGAUGACACAUAUAAUCGGACAAAUCAUACACCAAAAUAACACCAUUAUUUGAAUAUAUCACCAUGACCACAUUAGUUCCCCUUAGGUUGGAAUUGUUCUUGUCUGGGAUUUGUAUGGUAUUUGGAUCCAGUUCGCUAAAAGUGAACGACGCUUGUUAUGACUGGGAGACGGCCUCCAAAAGAUGUAGCUUGGUGGGAUCAGGUCAAGCAAUUCCUCAGGGAGACAGAGACGGUGGUGUCAUAGACUUGGGGGGUCAUACAGUCCCCACCGACGGGCGGCGCUAUUGGAUCGGUGCCCUGUACAGAUCCACGGGGCUCUUCAAAAUGGGAGAGUGUGAAGCCUUCAACAAUCCGGAGACAUUGGUAAACCAACUGAGCAUCAUCAACAGUAGUCACCCGGUUUGGGACUGUUACGACGCAUGCGCAGAUUACCGCGUGUUUGCUUUGUCUGCGGCGACCUGUUUUUGUAAGACAACGCCUUCUAACUUUACCCGACAUCGUUGCACACCCGAGCCGUUCUAUGAGGGGUCUCUUGAUUUCCACGGGGGUCAAUCAGGGGUGGUGGAAUACGACAAGCAGUUUUCAUCGCCUCCACUGAGAAAAAUAAUAGAUGAUUACCCGGGUUCCUGUGUCUCGUGUGUUUAUGUAUCCCUGGACUCCUGUUUCUAUUAUAAAAUGACUCCGUGUGAAUUAGAUCUAGCCUACAAAUGUGGCGCUAAUUUCAAGAAAGAGCACGGCCCCUGGUGGGAUUCCAUCACAUCCUGUAAGGAAACAGACCUGGUGACGUCUGUGAGGAACUAUACUUUGGUGUGGACCCGGGUAUCAAGAAGGAGUGUCAUUGAGUGGACCAGUUCUCUGGAUCAGUCAGGGAGUUCCUCAACUAAAGGAACGCCGGUUUGGUGUGUUUCUGUCAGUAACAACAGUGGCGGUCUCUCUACACACUUGGAGGAUUGUCUCACCCUGCUGCCGUCCCUGUGUCAAGGUAACUUGACACAGACUGGAGAGCAGCUAUUAUCAGAUGCCCACGGUACGGCGAUCGCUGCCCUGGCUGCCUUGUUCGCCACUGCUCUUCUCGCGUCCUUUGGCCUACUGGGCGUGAUCAUCUAUUACAGAAGACAAAGAAACCAGGAGCGACACCGCCGACUACAGGAGACCUAUGUCACGCCUAGUUCCGGAUAUCUGCCGAAACCGGAACUGGAAACGCCGUAUUACACAAGCCUACAAUAUAUUGCCAACCCGCAUUCCUAGAUUCAUAUCCUCAUCAUAUGUUUUGUAUUCCUGGCAAAAAUGACGAUAAUUUAUUAUGCCCCCCCCUUCGAAGAAAGGAAGGGCAUAUUGCUUUGCUGUCUGUCGGUCGGUCCACCAACAGUUUCCGUUCAUUUUCUUCGCAGAGGAUGAACAUAUUGAAAUGAAAUUUGUUACAUAGGUUUAUCAUGAUAAUAUCUAGGUCAAGUUCGAUAUUGGGUACAAUCGAGCAAUUUUCUCGAGUUAUGGCCCUUGAACGUAGAAAAAUACCAGUUAUUUGCAGUUUACGUUCAUUUUCUUUGUGGAUGUUUCCAUGGGAGGGGCAUAAAUGUUUCACAAACAUCUCGUUAUAUUAUGUAUUCUGAUCUUUCACAAGUUGUACAAUAGUAAUAUAAAUCAUCAGACAAAUCUA